AUGUUUUUUAAGAACAAUGUAGCUAAAUUAUAUUUAUCAUGUGGAAUAAAUGAGUUUUCGGUAUGUUAUAGGAAAAUACUAUUUUCGAUUUGGUUGCGUCAUAGUUCUUAUUUACUGGAGGAAAAUGUUGGGAUCAAUCAUUUUAUGAGUGAUUUACUUGAAAUAAAUAAAAACAAGUGCAGUCGUAAUUUAGUUAUACAAAAGAAGGAGCAUAAUUUUCUACCCAAAGAAGAGUUACGGUGCAUUUUUAAAUACAAAUGUGAAGAUUUUCAUGUAUACGAAAUUGAUAAAAAUAAAAAAAUUUUAGAUAUAGAAUAUAUCAAAAGAUUUUGUUAUGAAGGAAAUGAAGCAAAAUAUUCCAAUGAUUUAUUUAACUCAGAAGUAGGAGAUACUUCUAACAAGUUCGUGGGUAUAAAUAAGUAUAACUUGAAAGAAAAAGAACAUGGAAAUACAGUAGAACAAAUAGGUGUACAAAAUGAGGAGAGAAGCAAUGUAGAAAAUUCGAAAAGCGAAGAAUGGGUUCAUUUUGUGCUAUAUAAAGUUAAUAAAGACACACAAGAGGCAAUAAGAGAAAUAAGUAAAAUGUCCGAUAUCGAAAUUAAGGAUUUUCAUUAUUCUGGAUUUAAAGAUAAAAGGAGUGUAUCUACUCAAAUAAUAUCAACAAAUGUGGAUAAUUUAAAAAAAAUUCUUGAUAUUAAAAAUUAUUAUUUUAAUAAAAAGAUAAAAACUUUACUAAUUUGUAAAAUUGAAAAGUGUAAAAAAAAAAUAGAAUUGGGUGAGCAUAAUGGUAAUCGUUUUAUAGUGGUACUAAGAAAUGUACAAAAUUAUGAAGACUAUUUAAAAAAUCGAUUAAAUAAUAUUAAAAAAAAAGGAUUUAUUAAUUAUUUUGGUAUGCAACGAUUUGGAGUAUAUAGUAAUACUUUCAAUAAAGGGAAAGCUUUAAUAUCUCGAAAUUAUAAAGAUUAUAUAAAGCAUGUACUUGACCCAUGCAUUUUUGAGAAAAAAUUAUUUUAUGGGAAUGUAAUAAAGGAUAAUAUAACGAUAUAUUUGAAAAAUGCUUGCGAUAUAUAUCAUAAAAAGGGUGCUAUUCUUGCCUAUAAGUAUUUCACAUCCAAGGCGAAAAAAUUGUUUGAUGGGGACCUUGCUAAUAAUAAUUGUGUAGCUGAUUACGAUAAUAAACUGAAAAUAGGGAAUAAAUCUAUGAAAAAAUCUCUUUAUUCCUUCAUGACGAACUCUGAAUAUGAGGCAUUUAUGCUUUUAAGGAAUUUAUACAUAUAUGAAAAUAAUAAAAGACAAAAACAAAGGAAGAAAAAAAUUACCGAAAACAGAGAAAAAUAUUAUCAAAAUGAAGGGGAAAAUGAGAUGGAUAAACAUAAGUUGGAAGAAAAAUAUAAUUUUUAUGAAAACGAACAAACAUGCGUUAAAGGUAUCAGCAUGGAAACACGAAGAUUCCAUAUGCAUUCAUAUAGUGCAAAAAUAUUUAAUAUGAUAACCUCAUAUAGACUACAAAAUUUUGGUUUAAAUUUAGGUUAUGGUGAUUAUUUUUACAGUAAAGAAAUAUGUUCAGAGAAAAAUGAAGUAAAGAAUCAACAUAAUUAUAUUAGUGUUAUAUAUAAUCCUAAUAAUGUAAAAGAUGUUAAUAUGUAUAAUGUUGUGUUGCCAGUUUUAGGAUGUAUGCCCAAUAGAUUAUCUUAUUUAACAGUUUUUAAAAAACUAUACAGAGAAUAUGUUGGGAAAAAUGUGAGAUUGGCAUUUUUAGAAAUAUUACUCUAUUUAAUGUAUACUUUAUAUACUGAUAAUUUAUUUAACGCUGAGAGGGAUAUAGUGAUUGACAAAUAUUUUAGUUUUCUAAUACGAGAUUGUCAAAGUGGGGAUGAUAGCGCUGUUCGUGAUGCUAUUAAAUUGUGGGGAGAAGGUAUUUUAAGAAAUUCGAUAUCAAUAAAAGAAACCCUCUAUAUAAUAAAAAAAUUUAAUUCAUAUAUAAAUUCUUUUGAAUAUGAAUACGGAAUGACAUGUGUGUUUAGAAAUAUACUUGUGUUGCCAAAAAAUUUAUAUUUUUGUUUUUGUAAAUAUAAUGAACCUAAAGUUAAGUUUAUUUCCGAUUUGUACAAAAUGAAUUCAGGAAAGCAUAGCAUAUCGAACAAAUAUUUGGAAAAUAAAAGCAUAGAUAUAUACGACAACGAAAAAGGAGAAGGUUAUUUAAACAAUGAAAACAUCAUAUACAGUUUUGAUCAUAAGAAAGGAAAUUGUAUUGAGGAAAAAAAUAAUCGAAUGCAAAAAGAAAAAACUAUAGUUUACAAUCACAAUGCUUUAGUUCUAAGUUUUAAUUUGAGUUCAUCCUCAUAUGCUACAAUGUUAAUAAGGGAAUUGUAUGGAAAAAGAAAUGAGCUUUUAGUGCAUAAUUUAAUUAAAAAUUGUCAACAUUACGAUAACAGGGUAAAGAAGCUAAAGGAAUCACUACAAUGA